CCUUCAACCUUGGCCAGUCGCCUGGUGGAGGCCAUUUGCACCCUGCUCUGCAAGCUCCACCCGGCGGCUAAGCAGGUCGGCGGGGUCCACAGGCCCCGGCUCAGCCCCGAGGCUCAUGGCUCGGACGGACAUCCAGCUCUUUGAGCUGAACCACAGGACCCUGACCCAGUGGUUCUCUCGCAAGCAGAGGGGGUUGGUCUCGGCUGUGCUGCAGCAGGGAGCUGCCGUCAUCCCUGCAGGUGUCGCAGCUGAGCCCCUCCUUCCCGUCAAAGGGCUGUCCUUUGUUCAGGUGGGACAAGGACAGCCUUUCCAGUAUGACGUGCCGGAUGAGAAGCCAGGACCCUCAUCCGGCGGCCUUCCUCCUGCUCCUCCUCCUCCGCCAGAUGGGGAGCAGCCAGGGCCUUCUGCUCCUCCAGACGAGGAAAGACCUGGACCCUCGUCCAGCGGCCUUCCUCCACUGCCCCUGGGUGUCUUCCCUGGUCCUGCCGGUCCACCUCCUCAACUUCCCAGAGAAUGUAGGACCACUGUCUGGAGGAAGAGGAAGGCGGCCGAGGCAGCGGCUGCUGCAGGUCAGGUGUUGCCACCCAAAAAUCCCCGUCAGCAGUACACCUGCUCCAAGUGUGGCCAGCCCAAAAAAUUAGAAAGUGGCCACAAUCGGCUCUACGGUGUAGCCUACUCUGCUGCUGUCGGGGGCAAUACUGUGGAGAAGUGGAGGGAGGAGGCUGCAGGACACGUGGCACGGGCUCGGGGGCGCCGGCUGCAGGACACAUGGAGCUGGGCACUGGGGCGCCGGCCCAACCCGUGCCAGAACCGCUCCCUCAAGAGCCGGAUCCCAGACGGCCCUCAGAACACCAAAGGGAGGGUGGAAGAGGAACACGGGAUGGGAGGAAGGGGGCCUUAG